CGGCACCAGGCUGCAGGAAGCAACUUGCAGCCUGAUAAAUAAUCCAGCGCUGAGCGCCCCGAGGACCCGGCCCCGCUGCAGGCAGGCAAGUGGCGGCCAGAGCAGAGGGCGGAUUGAGGGGCGGGGGGCCGCUCGCCUGCCGUCUCUCCUCUUCCGCUGGGACUUCCUCGCCUUCCCCCCCCAGCCAGGACGGGCGUGGGGCCCGGUCCGGAGAGCUCCUGUGGACACCCCGGGAUGCGUCUGAAGUCCUGUGUGUCGAAGAUGGAGGGUGGCGUGGACGGUCCCAUAGGGAUCCCGUUCCCUGAUCACAGCAGUGACAUCCUGAGCAGCCUGAAUGAACAGAGGAACAAUGGGCUGCUGUGCGAUGUGGUCAUCUUGGUGGAUGGGCAGGAGUUCCCCACCCAUCGCUCUGUCCUGGCCGCUUGCAGUCAGUACUUCAAGAAGCUCUUCACCUCAGGGUUAGUGGUGGACCAGCAAAAUUUGUAUGAGAUAGACUUUGUGAGCGUGGACGCCCUGUCAGCUCUGCUCGAGUUCGCUUACACCGCAACCCUUACCGUCAGCACUUCGAACGUCAAUGACAUCCUCAACGCCGCCAAACUACUGGAGAUCCAGGCGGUAAGCGAUGUUUGCACGGAUCUCCUGGACAGGAAGAUUCUGGCCAAAAAUGACCAGAUGGAUAUAGUAGAUCAAAUUGAUCAAAGGAACCAUCUCAGAGCAAAAGAGUACCUGGAGUUCUUCCAGAGCAACCCCAUCAAUGGCCACCAAGGCAGCCUUCCGUGGACCAACCAAGACUUGAGAGACCUUCAGAGACUGAACUUCCAAGGCCAAGAGGAAGAGGAGGAGUCAGAAUGCAACGGCAUGGACUUCUACUCGCAAGCCCCCCUAAAUGAAAGACCAAAGGUGAACGACUGUGACCCCGACAGCAACCAGGACAUAUGGCCGGACAGAGACGAAGAGGAGACUGCUGGGUCCUUAUUCCCACCUUCCCAGAAUGGACAUUACAGUGGACGUAGUCUGCCAGCCCCAGGAGAAGAUGACGCGGCUCAGGGGGGGCCUCUGGACCAGCAGGAAGCCGGCGACUCCCCCAGCUUUGCUCCUGGGGGGGCAGAAGUAGAGGAUGCCGACACCAGGGAUGUGGACAGCCUGGCUGCCAGCGCCCUGCUGCAGCAGAUGAUCAACUCUGUGGGGAGGCAGCAGCUAGGCGAUGAUGACCGCAAGGAUGAUGAUGGGGUCAUGGAUUAUUACUUGAAAUACUUCAGCAGUUCAAAUGAGAACGACGUGUAUCCGUCCUGGUCCCAGAAGGAGAAGAAGAUCAGGGCAAAAGCAUUCCAGAAGUGCCCCAUCUGUGAGAAGGUGAUCCAGGGGGCUGGCAAGCUUCCCCGCCACAUCCGGACCCACACGGGCGAGAAACCCUAUGAAUGCAACAUCUGCAAAGUCCGAUUCACGAGGCAAGACAAGCUGAAGGUUCACAUGAGGAAACACACAGGUGAGAAACCGUACCUGUGCCAGCAGUGUGGGGCCGCUUUUGCUCACAACUACGACUUGAAGAACCACAUGCGUGUUCACACUGGCUUGCGGCCCUACCAGUGCGACAGUUGCUUCAAGACUUUCGUCCGAUCUGACCACUUGCACAGGCACCUUAAAAAAGAUGGUUGCAAUGGUAUCCCAUCCAGAAGGGGACGGAAGCCCCGGGUGAGAGAUGUUGGCGGCUUGGCCGCCUCUACAGGGAACCCCGAAGACGGAAGCUUUCAAGGUGAUGGCGAGAAUCAAGAGUCAGAGGACACCACGCAGAGAAACAGCCCAGAGCAGCACUUUGAAGAUAGCCCUAACGAUGAAGCAUCAGGAAGUUUGAAUGUAGCAGGGGGGUCAUCUGAGGGUAACAACAUUCAAGGACUCUCCUAAACCAAAAAAAAAAGGUGUCACAAAAUCUAGUUAGUACUUUCCUCCAAUUUCUCUUCAAAGAUGUUUCUCUCCCUUUUUAAAACAAAAUGAGAUAUAUAUAUCUAUAGAUAUAGGUAUAGAUAUAUAUAGAUAUCUAUAUAUAUAUAUCUAUAUAUAUAUGUGUGUGUGUGUAACGUUUCCAAUCUUCUCAUCAUAGCCAGGCUUCCUUUGGGAAGCUUUUCUAGCCAAGGGCCUUUUCUUUGAAGGCAGAUUCUUAGGAAGUUUGGGUUAAGGGUGGCAAGAUGGGUCUGUAACAUGGAAAGAAGCUUCCAUGUAAAUCCAAAGCUUUAUUUUGUGUCCAGACACACUUAAAACAAAUUCUGAGAUGCAUCUCUUUAAAAAAAAGAAAUGAUGGAAAAAUGCUAAGAGCUGAAUGAACUUUCCUGGGCAGUUGAUACUUUUGGUGCCUCUGUUUGGCUGGACUGGGAAAAAUCAAGCUUAGAUUUUUUUGCUUCUUCUGUUUUGGAAAGAUAAAGCUCCCGAUGCCCGAGAUGCUCAUCGUAGGGUAUCUGAUACGUCCCAGGGGUUUGGGUCUUUCCUUCCCUGAUGCUGAGUAAAUUGAGGUAGCUUUGGCAAAAUCGCCCUUCAGAGCAGCCCCAGUGCAAUUAUAUUCACUUGCUAUUUGUGUUAAUGGAGGAGGUGGGGAUUAGGGAUAUUUUACACAUUGAUUUAAAAAUGUUUAUGCCAUGUGUGUAGACAGACAAAAUUCUGCUCCAGACAUCAUGCUUGCAAUGUCUACAGGGAAAACCAGGGUCCUUCCUAUAAGUUUAGUACUUGUCCCUGACUGGGAGUAGGUUGUAAUCCUGGCUCUGCUCUCACAUCCCUUUGUGAUGUCAGGCAAAGCCACUUUUCCAUGGGUCUCAGCUGCCUCAGUUGUAAAAAUGAGGCUAAUGCUGUUUGUCCACAUUUGCAAAGUGCUUUGAGAUCUAGGGAGUCCACAUCAUGAGGGGAAGACUUAACUCUUCUCCUUCCAAGGCAGAUGAGAAACAAAC